AUGGCCCUCAGUGAUGCUGAUGUGCAAAAGCAGAUUAAGCAUAUGAUGGCUUUUAUUGAACAAGAAGCCAAUGAGAAAGCAGAGGAAAUAGAUGCGAAGGGAGAGGAAGAGUUCAACAUUGAGAAAGGUUGUCUUGUGCAAACCCAAAGACUGAAGAUUAUGGAAUACUAUGAGAAGAAAGAAAAGCAGAUUGAGCAGCAGAAGAAAAUUCAGAUGUCUAAUUUGAUGAAUCAAGCAAGGCUCAAAGUCCUCAGAGCAAGAGAUGACCUUAUUACAGAGCUACUAAAUGAAGCAAAACAGAGACUCAGCAAAGUGGUAAAAGAUACAACCAGGUACCAGGUGCUGCUGGAUGGACUGGUCCUUCAGGGUUUGUACCAAUUGUUAGAACCCCGAAUGAAUGUUCGUUGCAGGAAGCAGGAUUUCCCUCUGGUAAAGGCUGCAGUGCAAAAAGCGAAUCCUAUGUACAAAACUGCCACCAAAAAAGAUGUUGAUGUCCAAAUUGAUCAGGAGGCCUACCUGCCUGAGGAAAUAGCUGGUGGAGUUGAGAUCUGUAAUGGGGAUUGUAAAAUAAAAGUUUCCAAUACCCUAGAAAGCCGGCUGGAUCUCAUAGCCCAGCAGAUGUUGCCAGAAGUACGGGGAGCCUUAUUUGGUGCAAAUGCCAACAGGCAGUUUUUGGACUAA